CUGCGGUGCGAGCAUAUGUUAUUUAUUGCAGUCUCUCUCUACUCACUGGCUUCUGCUCUUCUCCGUUUGUGUGUAUCAGAAUUCAGAGCGCAAAACUUUGUUUAAAAAAUUAGGUCAAAAGAAAUUCAACAUCAAGAUGGCACGAAACGAAGAGAAAGCUCAGUCGAUGCUCAAUCGAUUCAUAACACUAAAAGCCGAAGAAAAAAAGAAACCUAAAGAACGCCGUCCAUACCUAGCCUCCGAAUGCCGCGACCUCGCCGAAGCCGACAGGUGGCGUCAGCAAAUCAUGCGCGAAAUCGGCCGCAAAGUCGCCGAGAUUCAAAACGAAGGUCUCGGCGAACACCGCCUCCGCGACUUAAACGACGAAAUCAACAAGUUAAUACGCGAGAAAUCGCAUUGGGAACGCCGUAUUGUUGAGCUUGGCGGUCCUAAUUAUGCGAAACAUUCUGCUAAAAUGACGGAUUUGGAAGGAAAUAUUAUUGAUGUGCCUAACCCUAGCGGGCGUGGGCCUGGCUAUAGGUAUUUUGGUGCGGCGAAGAAGUUGCCGGGUGUCAGGGAGUUGUUUGAGAAACCGCCGGAGCUGAGAAAGAGGCGGACGAGGUAUGAUAUUUACAAGAGGAUUGACGCGAGUUAUUAUGGGUAUAGGGACGAGGAGGAUGGGAUAUUGGAGAAGGUUGAAGGUCCUGCGGAGGAAGAGAUGAGAAUGCGUGCGGUGGAGGAGUGGAAGAGGAUGGAGGCAAUAAGGAAGGAAGCGAGGAAAGGAGCCAAGGAAGUUGUGAGUGUUGGAGUUGGUGUUGGAGCAGAGGUUUUGUUUGAGGAGGAGGAGGAUGUGGUGGAGGAGGAGAGGAGGGAGGAGAGGGAGAGAGAGGAUAUUGAGAGGAAGGAAAAGGAGAGAGAGUUUGUUGUGCAUGUUCCGUUGCCAGACGAUAAGGAGAUUGAGAGGAUGGUUUUGGAGAAGAAGAAAAUGGAGUUGUUGAGCAAGUAUGCUAGUGAUUCAUUGAUGGAGGAGCAGACUGAAGCUAAGGUUAUGCUUAAUAUUCAGCACUAGAUGGCUGAUGUUAUGUAAUGUAGGUUGGUUUAGAGCUUGUUUUUUGAAUUAUAAUUACAGUGCUUGUGGUUUCAUGUAGACUUUGUUUGACUUGUUAGCAUUAUAUUAGGCUGUUGCUUUGUGUUUAACAAAGCAAGUACUAAUCUUUCUCCUUUGCAUUAUUUUAUUUUACAAUGCUCAAAAUAUGUUUGCAGUAGAAUGCUGAUGUUCUCCUUUAAUGUUUGCUAAUGUGAAAGUUGUGUUCUGACUU